GCUGAAUUUGCGAUGUUAAUUGCAUGAUUGUGGGCUGGACGUCUCACUACGUAUGUGUAGGGCUUGACCUCUCUUUACGGCUCCAGAAAGCCGAGCUUGCCAAACGUCAGGGCCGUGAGGCUUGGUAGCAUCCACGCCCAAUUUUCCUAUAGCUAAGGCGGCAAAGCGUACCAUUUCCUCUGUCCUUGAAAAAUGUUUAGACGGAACUUGCGCAUUGAAGAAUCCCAUGAAAGCACGGGAGGUUCUGUGGCUCAUAACUUGGCGGCUAUGCAUUCCGCUCGUGCCAGCUGGAUGAGAGGGCCGGCGGAUGGAGGUUCCUCCGCAGGCUUGGGUGGUGGCCGCGGUGGCAGCGAUGCACCGGAUGACCUGUAUAACCCUUCCAAAUGGACGAAGCCGUCUUGGACGCCCAACCAAGGGUCUGGGGGGUACUCCGGGCCUGACGAUCCACUACACGAUCUUUUAUUUGAGGCAUCUGGUUUGUUACCUAUGCCUAGUCCGGUUGCGCCUAGCUCCGGAGAGGUCAGAAUGAUCCUGCUGCGAAGAACCUUAAUGAUGGAGGAGGAGAGACUCCAUCAUUUCCAAGAGCAACAAGCUGAGCAAUCUGGGGCUGAAGGAGCCCAGGAACAAGCACCAAGCGGGCAAGCAGCGCAAACGCAAGAAGAACAGGCGGGAACCAACGCCGACCCAGCAGAAGCCACUCCUGCUGCCGAAGAAGCAACGGAUGCAGCCGACAAGGCAGGAGCAGCAGCAACCCCUGAGGCCGCACCUGACAACGCUGCUGCCGAAUCCCAGGAUCCGCCCGCAGAAUCGGCGCCUGAUUCGUCGCAGGAGGAGAGGCAGGAAACCCGCCUCGUGCUGCCCGUCCUCGAGUCACUCAUCACCCUGCGCCGUGAGCGUAUGAGCGCCCUGGCUGCAGCCGCCCCAACGCCGCCGCCGCAGCCGCCGCAGCAACCCGCUGCUGCUCCCAUCGCCAACACCCCAGCCCGCAGCCUGACAUCCAAGCCCUCCCUCCGCCGUGCCACAUCCAACCUGGGCGUCAGGUCCUCCGCAGCUGCAGCAGCAGCGGCAGGUGCAGCGGCUGCUGCUGCUGCAGCACCCACUGCUUCCUCCCCCACCGCGCUCUCCCCUGUUUCAUCCCUCGUACCUACGACCUCUGUCCCUCGCCCCGGAGCCUCCGCUGCCGUCUCCCAGUCUUCCCUCGCACCCUCGCCGCCUCGCCCCUCCCCGCCGCAACCCAGCCCGCAGCAGCUGCCACCACAACCCAGCCUCGGCCAGUUCCCGGGCCCCUGGCGCGCUUCUCGCAAGUGGAGCACCAUGGGAGACAUGCUGGCUGACCCAGAUCAACCAAGCAACGGCGGCGGCAAUCCGAAUGGUGCAGGGGCUGCUGCUCCUGCUGCUGCCUCCUCUACUACCUCCCGUGACGGCACAGUUCGGUUGAGGCCCAACGGCGCUAAAGACAUCCGCCCGCAGCACACCAGCCAGUCCUUCACCUUUGGCACCGGAGCCGCCGCCGCUGCCUCCGCCUCCGCCAUUGCUGCUGCUGCUGCUGCCUCUUCCUCCGUGACAACCGCUGGGAGCGUCUCCUCCUCCACCAUGCCGCACCCGCCUGCAUCAACAGCCGCAGUCAAUGCCAACGGUGGCGGCGGCGUGGCGAGCUCCCCGCGCUCCAAGCGCUUUACCUCCAUGCGCACGCCAAAACAACGCGAAGGGCCCAAGGCUGCAUCAUCGUUUGACAGCGCGGACGUCGCCAGCGGCGAUGAGCCCUCGCCCAAGCGGGCCGCCUCGCUGCUUCAACGCUUCCACAACUGGCGGCUGCAGCGCCGCGACCUGCCGCCGGCCUCGUUGCUGGCCGACGAGGAAGAUGAAGAGGAUGAGGAGCCACCGCAGCGUCUCACGGGUGGUUUGGUAACCAUGAAUUCGAACCUUCGUGGCAGCCAUCUCUACAGCCGAGCUGCCACCAGCCUCAACGGCACGACGAUGUACGGCAGCAGCAGCGGAGGCAGUGGUAGCAGCAACCUGCAUCGGGCCGCUACCGGUUUAAACAGUGGUACUGGCGGUAUAACGAGCGUUAGCGGCGGGGUUGUUGACUCGGCUGAGCGGCCGGCUAUCGGACCGCUGGCGAUGCCGCUGUGGCUGGGCAAGGGGCGUUCCGGCGGAACGAGCACUGGGUCAGGGGAAGAAACUGGGCAGUCGCCGGUCACUAGCCUGGCGGGCGGUGUUUCGUCGCGCAGCAACAGUUUUCUGGCCAAGAUGCCGAGCUUCCGCACCCGUCAGCAAAGCAUCUCCACGGGCCAGGUGUUCUUGCCCACCGAGUGGGGUCCUGGUAAGGCCGCAGGAGACCAAGGCAUGG